CGUUAUGGGAACACCGCGCUUUCACUCGCGUUUUGCGCACGACCUUAUCCUAUUGGAUGAGCAGUGCAGGGGAUAUUUCCGAUGACAGAGAGAGAGAGAGAGCUCCUGUCUCUCCAACUGCAGACGCAAAGCGCUCCUGAUCGCACUCUAGAUGCCUUUACAGCUGACGCGCCUCUGUCGGCUGUGAGGACCCUUUGCUCCCACUUCCCUUGAGCAUCAGAAAGAGAAACGGCAGGGAGGUUUAAGCCCAUUGCAGAACACGUGGAGAGCCUCUUUACGAGUCCCCACGGCUGUGCGCCUUCCCUUCCUCCCCCCGCUGCCAUGAACGAGCGCAGGCGGUGCUGCAGCGCUGGGAAAAUGAGCGAGAGGCUCAGAGGAGGCAAUCAGUGAAGGCGCGGAGAGGUCUUACGCGUCUGGGAAAGGUCGGAGCGGAGCGUGGAUGAGAUUAUGUCCAAGUGGAGACUGCAAGGACGGACUUUGUUUUGCUCCUCUCCGGGGAUGUCCUCAGAAAAAAAACAAGAGUUUGUUUCCUAGAGGUGACUAAGAACCGUUUCCCUCCGUUUGCAGGAUCAUGCUCGAGCCUCUAUUUGUGACAAUCUCUUGUUGCUCUCACCUGAGAAUUGAAGUUUCCUCGCUUUGGAUGAUUUGUGUAUUUUUCGCCCGCUGCUGAGGCCACCUAAGGCGGUUUUAGAGGCUGCAGCAGCAGGAGGAUCCAGCUGUGUUUACUGGACGGUACGCAUCUGUCCCUGUCGCUGUCCAUGGUGCUGAACUGGGGCUCCAGGAAUGGUGGAGACGCUGAGUAUCGCAGUGAUCGGUGCUCCCGGGGUGGGCAAAACUUCUAUAAUCCGCCAGUUCAUCUAUAACGAUUUCUCGGAGGCAUACACGCCGACCAGGAGCAGAUAUGUAUACAGACCCUCGGUCAUUCUGAACGGGAACAUGUACGAGUUAAAAAUUUUGGACGUCCCGCCAAUCUCCUCCUUCCCAGCAAGUGCCAGUCAGGAAUGGCUGGAUCUGCGCUGCAGAGGCGUCCGCAACGCCAACGCUUACAUCCUGGUGUACGACAUCUGUUGUGUGGAGAGCUUUGAAUACGUCAAAAUGAUCAAACAGCAGAUAGUGGAGAACAGGGAAGGCAGCAGCAGUGAGGUGCCAAUCCUUGUGGUGGGUAACAAGCGGGAUCUGCAGAGGCAGCGCUUCAUGCCCCGCAGGGCAGUGUCAGUCCUGGUGAAGAAGACCUGGAAGUGUGGCUACGUGGAAUGCUCUGCCAAGUUUAACUGGCAUGUGGUCCUGCUCUUCAAGGAGCUGCUGGGCAUUGCUGUGGCACGGGGGAUGCGCCAGAACCAUACCUCCAUCCGUCUGCAGGGGGCGCUACAGAGGAACAGAUGCACUGUCAUGUGACCCCUAGAGCUUCAUCCACCCCUGCUUAUGUCUCUGGUGGAGCAGACCCUGGAUAAAAGGACUCUUUAUCGUAAUGGCUGGAAAAAAAAUACCCCGUGGCCUCCUGCUUAACUGAGCUGAUUUUUCAUAAAGAGGUUUAUUCGACUCUUUGCGCUGUAAAAGACUCUGAAAUUUCACUCAAGCUCAUCCAACCACUUCCUAGUCUAAUUCUGCCAGUUGUGUAGAGAGGAGGAAGCAAAUAGAAACAACAGCAACUUAAAUCCAAGAAAAUUAUAUUUUCACACAUCAGGUUGAAGUAAAAGCUUUUCAAGAUGGGCCUCCGAAUGUAACAUCUUACAAACAUCAGGUCUGCAACUGGAGCUGAAAGCGUGGAAGUUGAGCUCAUAAGACCCAAAACCGUGAGGGGCAGCAAUAUUAUUAAGUCUUCCUUUAGGUUUUGUCAUAUUCAGGAAGGUGAAAAUGCACAAGUACAGACAUUACGAGGCCAGUGAUCCACAAUAAAAACGAACACAGAUUAAAACAAAAACACAGGAGCAAAUCAGUGGGUAUUACAGGAUUAAUAAUUUCAGUUAUUUAAUCAAAAAGGGAAACAUGUAUAUUAUAAAGAUUCAUUACACAAAGAGUGAUCUAUUUUAAUCUUUUAUGUUCUAAAGAAAACUCAAAAUUUUGUUUUUCAGGAAGUUUGAAUAUUACGCAAGAGUGAUUAAAAGAAGAUUUUUAAUACAGAAAUGUCAAGUAGGCCUAUGUGCUAUACUGUACCACAUACACAUAAUUCCUGGUUGGGGCUCCUUUUGAACAGAUUACUGCAUCAAUGCAGUUUGGCAUCAAAGUGAUUGGACUAUGGUUCUACUGAGGUUUUACUGAAGUUCAGGUUGUUUAAUUGUAGCCUUCAGCUUGUUGGCAUCAUUGGUGUUGUCUCUUAUCUUCCUAUUGACAGUACUCAGUUUUUUCUCCUUCGAGUUUCAGUUGUAAUUUUACUGUCUAAUGAGUCAGAGUGAUCCAAUGGUCAUUUAAGGAGGUAUUGGUACAGUUUUUUAGUGUGGGCAGGCUUCAGGUCCUGCUCAUACUGUAGAUGAAGUCAGUAACUCCAUAAAGCUGGGCAAUUAAAACAUGAUUGGCUCUAAACUUAGUUUUUCAGACUGAACAAUGUCAGUCUAAGCCAUAGAAAUCUCUUGAAGCCUUAAAUAGGCUUUGCUUUACCAUUAAGGUCGCAGUUAUAUAUUUGCACUGUUUUCAGAACUAACUUAUCUUUGCAGUGAUAUACUUGAUGACAGCACUCUGCCAACAGCUAGCUUUUUUAAGAAAUUACCUUGUAUGGCUCCUAUCCUGGUAGAUGAUGGAAAUGUCUAAUGAAUCCUUAGCAGAAAUUCAAACUGGGAGACAUAAUUCAGCUUCACCUCUCAUCCAAUCACCGUCUGAAGUCCUCCUGCUGCAAGCCUAUCAGCCCUGCACCAUGCUUCAGCAGUGCCCAAUUAUCAUUCAGUACUCUGCUUUCUAAGUCUGUUCAUCCAUGGUUCUCCCUUACUCCCCAGCAAAGCUGCAACCCUCCUCCACCCCAUCUCCACCAUCAUCCCUGUUUUCAUCUGGCUUCCGUUCCUAAUUCAUUUGCUCAAGCAUAUCAUACAUAAUUCUCUACGCCUAAGUCUUCCACUGGGACCUGAGCGCCAAAGUCUGUAUUUUUCAUGGCAAUAAAACUCCCUAAUUGUUGCUUGUCUUCUUUGUGAGUCUUUCCAUGUUGAAUUUGCUGUUCAGCUAUAAUGGCCAAACCAAAACAUUUCUGUAUUAACAAAAACAAUUUUAGUUGGUGUUCUCAUAUUUCAUUGAAAAACAUAUUUUAACUUUUUUUUUUUUUUUUUUUUAAUGUAAGCUACAAUUCUCUAAUAUAACACCCAAAAAAAUAUUGUAAACAUAUCAUUCUGUGUGUAAUGAAUUAUCAUAAUGCUCCAUAGAUUUAAGGGAUUUGCUGCAAUAAAUGAAACCUAUGGAAAGUCUUUUUACACUUUAUAAAGUGGACAUGGAUAGAUGUGAUUAGAUUGUGCUUCUUUUUAGGGUCAGUCACAGUUAUUUAGUGCUAUAGGGCAAAGCCUGAAAAAUUAGUAGACAUUAUUCAUUCUUUCCCUACCCCCUUUUACUGACUCAGCCGAGGGUAAAGGUUGUUUGUCCCCACCAAGGGUGUUUCAAGGUUGUCUUGCAGCAGAACAUGCUGCAGUCCUUUAUUAUUUAAACUACCUUCUGCCCUCAUUUUGGACUAUGAUUCUGUAGAAAUGUCUGGAGACAUGCAGAAUCCUAAAUUACAAACCUUUACUUGCAUCAUGGUUGUUCGUGUGUAUAUGUGGGCGCUAAAUGUACUUUAAUUGUUGGUCCAGACAGAUUUAUGAGGUCCAAAAAUUCUAGCCCACAGUGGAUGCUGGCACCCUCAUUAUGGUAGGUGUUAAUGUGUUUGCCUGCGUCUUUGUGUGAAAGGCAGAGCAAGCCAAGCCGACGCAGAGAGGCAGGUUUGAUAACUGACAUUCAGGCAGGUAAAGGACAGACACAGAGAGAUAGGGAAACUGAUGUUGAAGCUUAUGAUUAGAAUGGAGCAAUAAAACCCAGCAGAAAUGCCCCCAACCAUCUACCAUCUACCACCAAUACAUGAUAUUGAAAAAGCCUUUUGCGAUCGCUGUAAUCCAUGUGCAAUGCACACCUGCAUCCUAUCAAAGUAAACAGAGCUCAGUAGCUCCUACAGUACGCACCAUCAAGGAUGCAAAUAGAUGAUCACUAAAGCUUUAACAUCACUAUCUGAAAAAACAAAACAUCCAAAUUGUUAUGUUGUGAGAGUCACUUUUGUUUGUGUUGAGAAGGGCGAUUUGACACUUUGUGAACACAUUUCACCAAUUUGUAUAUAAGAAUGACUAAAUGAGGAAUCAUCUUGCAUGCUCAUGUUGGUAAAAUUUUAAAGGUCAGGGUUUAAUUGCACUGAUGUGAAAAUGUGAUCUCGUGUAAAAUGGUUAUUUUUUGGUUUCCUGGUUUUAUGGUGAGCAGCUGAGUCAAAGAAAGUGAUCAUUUUUCUGCUGCAUCGGAGAGCACAAAUUCAUGAUUUCCUCCAAAUGUAGUGCUAAACCCUCAGUGGGGCCAGAUGGUUGUAUUUUUUGUAGUAGUACAAAAAAAGGAGAAAUAUGUAGCAGAGAUAAGAGAAAGCAACUGUGUGUAGCAUGACUUCCCAUUGUGUGUGUGUGUGUUUCAGAAUAAAAAGGGCUACAGUUUGUUUUAUGUUUUUUUUUUUCAAUCUGAAACCUUGUCUUUAUUUAUUUUUAAGGUGUUAGU